GCGAAAGCACUCGACAAACGACACGCUCUCGACAUGUUCACGCGGCUACUGAGCGUGCUUGCCGUUUCCGGCAUCGUGGCCGGCGAUUCUUGGGAACACAAAACUGGACUUGGAGGAGUUGUCUCCACCAGCUUCGCUCACGGCGGAGGAGCUUUUGGUGGAUUAGGAGGGGUGGGCCUCGCUCAAGGAUUUGGAGACGCCGGCCUCGGAGGGGGGAAACUUGGAGGUGGAAUUGGCUUCGGAGGAGGAAAAUUGGGAGGUGGAAUCGGCCUUGGAGGAGGAAAAUUGGGAGGUGGAAUCGGCCUUGGAGGAGGAAAAUUGGGAGGUGGAGUCGGCCUCGGAGGAGGGAAACUUGGAUUUGGUUUGGGUCACGGUGGAGGACUCAGCGGUGGAAGGCUCAUUGGAACGAAACUCUCUGGUGGCCACAUUGGAAGUGGUAUUGGUCUAGGACAUGGUGGCGGUUUUGGCUUAGGCCUUGGAGGCGGUAUUGGCCUAGGCCAUGGAAGUGGUAUCGGCUUAGGCCAUGGAGGCGGUAUCGGCCUGGGCCACGGAGGAGGUAUCGGCCUAGGCCACGGAGGUGAUAUCGGCCUAGGCCACGAGGGUGGUUUUGGCCUCACCGGUGACGACCUCGGGGGCUUCGAUGGAGUGCACGGUGGACUCAGUGAAGGAAUAAGCGUUGCUGAUGGCUUCAUAUCCAGUGGUAUUGAAGGACUAGGACAUCUCGCAGGACGCGUGCAAAGUUGCGGGAAAGGUUUAGAGCGAACUCUUCAUGGUGAUUGUGUCGAGCCUCUAGUUUCUCAGGACGUCUACUUGUACAAGGCUCCCGGCUAUAAAGUCCAUCAUGAGAAAGUUCACUUUGAACACAAGCCCAAAGUUCACUUCAACUUAGUUUUCAUCCGCUCUCCACAAAUUGAAGACGAUCCUAUUAAGCCUAUUGUGGUGCCUCCUCCUAAGCAGAAGACUCUUGUUUACCUUCUUAGCAAGAAGCCUCACGGACACAAGCAAAAGAUUAUCGAAGUUCCACACAUACCCGAACAGCCUGAAGUGUUCUUCGUCAAUUACAAGGAAGGUGAUAACCCUAUUCUUCCCGGAGGAAUUGAUCUCAGAACUGCACUCGCUCAGUCUGCUGGCUUGGGAGGCAAGUUUGUCGAUGAUGGCGUUGGUUUGUCUUCUGGUAUUGGUCUCGGAGGGCAUGGAUUGGGCCUAAGCAGCGGUGUUGGUCUCGGAAGUGUUGGGGGAGGUAUUGGCUUAGGAGGUAAGGGUGCUGUGGUUGAUGUAGAUUACGUUGAUGAUGGAGGUUUCGUCGGGGGCAUCGGAAGUUCAUUUGGAGGAGGUUUUGGCGGCGCAAGCGUUGGCCUGGGAGGAAAAGGACUUGGUUUUGGCGCAGGCCUUGGCGGCAAGCAAGUUAUCGUUGAAGAAGAAGUUAUUGGGGGAAAAGGUUUGGGUGGUGAUAUUGGAGCAGGCUUAGGAGGAGGAAAGGGACUGGGCGAUGAUAUUGGAGUUGGCUUUGCAGGAGGAAAAGGUUUGGGUGGUGAUAUUGGAGUCGACUUUGGUGCAGGGAAAGGUUUGGACGAUGAUAUUGGAGUAGGCUUUGGAGGAGGUAAAGGUUUGGGUGGUGAUAUUGGAGUCGGCUUUGGAGGAGGGAAAGGUUUGGGUGGUGAUAUUGGAGGAGGCUUCAUUGAUGACGGUGGUAUUUCAAAGGAAGAGGGCGUUAUCAGCGGAUACGGUUUCGGAGGGGGAUCAAAAGUAGGGGCUGGAAUCGGGGGAGGGCUUAAAGGGGGCUUGGAUGUCGGCGGUGGAUUCGACGAUGACUUUAGUGGAGGCUUAAAAGGUGGCAUCGGUGGAGGAGGAUUUGGUGGUGGUGCUGGCUUCGGUGGGGGAUUCAAGAGCGGCGGUGGCUUCGUCAGCGGUGGAUUUAAACCCAGUCCUGGAUUUGGCGUUUCCUCGAAAAGUAUAGUUUUGAACGGACCUGGCCACUAUUAAGUCAUCGAGGAAUUUAAGUCUCACAAUUUACGAUUUUUAAUGUUCUCAUAACUUCUAGAUAAGUGUUGCUUCUGUUACUGUUGAAUAAUACAUUUUGUCGAAUUCACCCAGUUUUCCGUAUACUAUAAAUGUUUUCGUUGCCAUGAUACUCACUUGUGCUGCAUAUCAUAGAAAAUUUCAGCAUAAAAUUUUUCGAAUAACG